UUCGCUCAGUCUCAGUUUGUGACUACAGCGUCUGCAACUUUGAGUGUGACACGCGUGUGAAUUUUGGAUUUAAAUACAAGUAAAAUAUCGUUUCCAAAACCGGUCUAAAUCGCGGAAAAUAAUGGAAGGGGCUACAGAAACUACACGUGUUCUGGUGACCGGCGCGAGCGGCUACAUCGCGACCCACAUCAUCCAGCAGCUGCAGCAAGCCGGGUAUCAGGUUCGCGCCACACUGCGUUCUCUCGAGGACGCAGCUAAGGCGGAGAAGCUGCGGGCGCUCUGCCCGGAAGCGGCGCACGCGCUGGAGCUGGUGGAGGCGGACCUAACUAAGCCAGAGUCAUGGGAACCUGCCGUGAAGGAUGUGACGUAUGUGAUCCACGCCGCCAGCCCCUUUCCCAUGACACCGCCCAAGGACGAGAGUGAAAUUGUGACCCCCGCUGUGGACGGCACUCAGGCUAUUCUGAAGGCGUGCGUGCAGGCCAAGUCCGUGAAGAAGGUCGUCAUGACGAGCUCAUCAGUGGCUGUGAGAUAUGGCAGCUCGGAGCCAAACAAGACGUACACCGAGGAAGACUGGAUGGAACCGGAAGGACUGGACGCGCACGGAAAGAGCAAGGUGAUGGCGGAGAAGGCCGCCUGGGACUACGUAAAGGAACUUCCGGACGAGGACAAGGUUGAGUUGGCUGUGGUUAACCCCUCCUACGUCAUGGGCCCCGUCCUCAACGGAUCCAAGUGCAGCAGCACUGAUGUUGUCAAGCGGCUCCUGGAGCACUCCUCGCUGUGUGUACCUAAGCUGAACUUCUCCAUUGUGGACGUCAGAGACGUAGCAGCCGCCCACAUCAAGGCCAUGACGUCACAGGAAGCUUCCGGAAAGCGCCACCUGGUCACCAAUGACAACAUGUGGAUGAAGGAAAUAGCGCAGGUGUUGUCGAAGGAGUUUAAGAGCCAAGGUUACAGCGUGCCCACGGCCAACUACCCGAACGCUGUCCUCAAUCUGAUCGGCAUGUUCGACAAGUCAGUGAAGAUGAUCAUACCGCAGGUCAACAAGGUCAUCAAGUUCGACAACUCCCGGAUGAAGGAGGUGUUGGGAGUGACCCCACGUGACCUCAAGGAGACCAUCCUCGAUAUGGCGUACAGUCUCAUAGAGGCAGGCAUCGUGAAGAAGUCAAAGAAAUACAGAGGUCCUGGCGGGAUUCAAGCCGAUAAGGAGGAAGAGGUAGAUAAAAAGGAAGAAGGGGACGACAAACCAAAGGAGAAUGGCGAUUUAAAGGAGGGAGAGGAAAAGAAAGAAGGUGACGAAACGAAAGAAGAUGAAAAGAAAGAAGCUGAUGAAAAGAAAGAAGAGAAGGAAGGUGAGGAGAAAAAAGAAGAAAAGGAGGAAAAAGACAAUAAAGAAGAAGAAAAGCCCGCAGAAAAAACAGAGGAGUCAAAACCCACCGAGGAGAGUAAUCCAGAUGAUACGAAGGACGGAGAGUAGAGUCUGUCAGUAGCUAGUACUUCAUUAUUUAACAAUCUUUUGUACGUAUACUUAUAAUGUAAAUAGGCCGCAUUUUGGGAAAACGGGGUCUAAUCCAUGCGCGCAAAGUGUCGUCACAGAUAAGCAUGUUUAGGCCUCAGUGGAAAUCAGGGACGACGCAUUCCGCUUUAAGGGUAUUUUUCGUUUAAGAAAGUCUCUUCUUAAAGAAAAUGCAUUUUAGGCGGAAAGUGUCGACUCUGAUAAGCCUUUGCGGAUUGCACGGACUAAUCUGGUGCGACACUUGACGAACAUGCAUUAAACCCAGUUUUCCCAGAACGAGGCUAGUUUUAACUGCAACACAGCGGCGCCAUCUGCUUGCUAUCAACGGAAGAAUACUCAUGACUGACGGAAGACCGUAGUAAACUUGUACUGACCAAAACUAAGUUUAAGUUCUUGAUUUUGAGUUACUUAUACUUAAAACGUUUUCGAACACGUCUUGGGACCAUACGUGGUUUACAUAUUGGCCGGAUUAAAACUCAUAGAUGUAUGUUAUGUCUUGUGUGAGUGUGAAUACAGACGCUGUGUGGUAUGGUGUAUAUUAUGCGGUCUGUUCAUUACAAUACUCUACGCUGUAGAGAAAUGUUCAUAGGGACACACAUAUGUACGCAGUAACUGCUGUUGAACUGGGACCUUCGUUCAUGCAUAAGGUGUAUUAUUAUUGUAUUACUAUUUCCAUGUCGUAUACUAGUGCGCGCGUUAGAUUGGCAUCCGUCAAGGGAUCAUUCACUAUACUUUCUCGACAAUUAACAUAGCAUUCCUUGUAUGUGCGAUCCAUCACUGCAUUAUCAUCACCGCGUUCAUUGGUCUCGUAGGACGUAAAUACAGACAGCACAUUGGUUGUUUUCGGCUUCAUGACGUUUUUGACUUCAUAGAGGUCGACGUUUUUUGCUUUUAUUUUGUUUAAUGUUUUGGAACAUGAUACAUGUUCAUUAAUGCUUAUUUGAGUUCUUCGUGUAAGGAGACGAAACGCAGUUCAAGGGUCAUUGUGCAAUUAUUUAGGAGCUCAAUAGUACAUGUCUAACUUGCCGCCUGCAGCUGGGUUCGGAGGGAGGGGUGGUGGGCUUCUGUGAGAAAAGAAUGGAUACCGUUACACUGGAAUACUCAAGCCGCUUUGAACUACCGUGAAUAUGACGAUUGGUGUUGUACAAUCACGCUUCAUUCAUUCGCUCAUCCCGGACCGUCAGUUAUCAUGCGCUCAUCCGGACCGACAGUUUUCAUUUCUGCCUUGGUAGUGCCUCUGCAUUGAUUUGUCGCAGAACAAUAAUAAGCAUAACAAGUUUGUAAGUGUUAAGUCAUUAAAAAUGAAUGUCGCAGUGAUAUACAUUGUCUGUAUUGUGUUAAUUCGAAUCGGUUAAGAACUACAUUGUAUUGUAUUUUGACCACGUCUUUUGAUAUAAACGCAAUGUAUUUGUUCUAGCAUGUUUCUGUACUCGGCUGAUCUGUCGUGUCUGUCCUAAGAUAUAUUUACAUGUAUAAUGCCGGCCAGGACAUUUCAUCAUGUAAUUCGCUGUCAAUGUCAUUUUAUUUCUUGCUCCAAAAAUGCCAUUUUGUAUUUUUGUACAGUCUACAUUUAGUGUAUAUAAAUUUGAAGAUGUUCAUUUAUACAUGUACUAUCUUUUGCUACUCUUUGUAUACAUUAAGUAUUAAUAUUAUUUUUUAAAAGUAUGCUUUUGUAUUAAUGUAAAUUUUUAAUGUCUUUAGUGCGUAUAAUGGAGUCAGUUUCAUGAUCAACUUUGCAUUUCCUUAGUGUUUUGUGAUGAUUAGUCAUGAGGUAAGCGCUUAUAAUGAUGUAUUAAAGGGGCCUUUUCACAGAUUCGGCAUAUUUUGAAGUUUGUCAUUAAAUGCUUUAUAUUGAUAAAUGUAAACAUUGGAUCUUAAAAGCUCCAGUAAAAAAUAAAGAAUAACAUAACAUUAAAAAAAGGAAAAAAAAGUAGCCGGUACCAGGGCUCGAACCAGUGACCCCCGGAGUCCUGGAAUUAGUCUGAAUUAAAAACGCAUAAGCCCUCUCGGCUAUUCCGCCGAGUAAACACAGUUUAAGUAUUUUAUACCUUAUAUAAGCAAUCUUCGUAGUUUCGUAAAUUUAAACGAAAACAACAGAACUUUCCCAAUUAUUCAAUCGUUUCGCGUUGCAACGCUUUAUAAUUUUUAGGUUUUCAAAUCGUCAAAAGAUACAUAUAAUGGCUAUAUUAGACUAUGGUAAAUGUUCAGUAAUACUGUUUCCUCACAAAUAUCAUAACUAAAACGAAAAUUUGCGAAUCUGAAACAACUUUUUUCAAUUUUGUCAAUUUACCAAACCGUGCAGAUCCCUUUAAAAACUUUAUUGGUCUAAAGUUAAACAGAAACUUCGUUACAGGAAUGCAGUAUCUGCACAUUCGGCACUCAAUAAUACACACAUGCGGUAAAUAUUCCAAUCAAAUGGAGUAUACGUUCCAGUGACUGAAUUAUAUCGUAUUUUAUAUACAUAUUUAAUGUGUAGAUCUUCAAUACAUUAAUAAUAAUCUCAAAUAAAAUUAUUUUAUUUCAAUAACCGAUGAUAUUGUAUUUAUGUCUUUAUAUUUUAAAGGCCAGUAACUGAUUUUAGUUUACGCGAGGCACAGAUUUGUAAAAAUACAUUAAUAUUAGAGUGAACUUUUGCUUUUUAUCAGCAUCGCUUGCGCCAUCAUUUAUAAACCAUGUUAAAACCAAUAGAAAAAUGUCAUGUGAAACAAAAGAGACCAGUUCAUUUGUUGGAAUCAUCUACUUUCUACACAUUUGUAUUUUUAUACUUAUUUUACUGUAGCGCUUGCCGAUUCGUUCCUUGUUGCCUUGAUCAAUGCAAUCUCUGUGUCGACUGCCUUCCAUAGACUUAGAGACGUAUAGUGGGGAAAGUGUGUGAACAAGUGAGGACAAUUAGUGAACAUGUGAGGACAAUGAGUGAACAUGUGAGGACAUAAUCUAAAUAUAGCACACGAUAGACAUACGCGUUACGGCUUUUUUCUUCAUCAGUGAUAGUUAUAUCAAAUAAAUGGCCCAUAGAAUUCGGAAAAUCUUGUCAUUUUUACGUUCAAUUGUUCUUGUUGUGAAAACACAUGUAUGUGAAUGCCAGCUAUAUCGGCAUAUAUUGUGAACAAAAACACGAUAACAGCUUCCUAGUAUUAUUAAUGUAGUUUUGAUGAAUUAAACUAAAAGUUAAAGAAAAUUAGUUGAAAAUUGCGAACUGGCAUUGCAACUUUCUUCGGAAGUUACUGAGUGUGUUCUCUGCGUCCUUUUGUCGAUAUUGUUGGCUGCAAUCAACUGAAAUAUAACUAUGAUUUGUACAUGUUGCUUUAUUCAGCUUUCAUUUGUUAUAAAUAUUGCGUAUUAAUAAAAUUUAAACGUGA